CGCGCCUUUCAGUCUGGUUUUCAUAGUUCCUUUUUUUUCCCUUUUCAACUUAUUUACUUAUAUUUCAACGUCCCCUUUCUUUUCCCAUCCAUAUUCACGCUGAUUUUCUGGUUCAUAGAAAAGACAUAAGUAUUAAUUAAUAAGAAAAUAUGACAACAGCUAAAAGUGCAUCCUAUGACUACUUAAUUAAGCUUUUGCUCAUUGGCGAUUCCGGCGUCGGCAAAAGCUGUUUAUUACUUCGUUUUUCAGAUGACUCUUUCACCCCAUCUUUCAUUACAACUAUUGGUAUUGAUUUUAAAAUUCGUACUAUUGAACUGGAUGGCAAACGUAUCAAGUUGCAAAUUUGGGAUACGGCAGGACAAGAGAGAUUCCGUACUAUUACUACAGCUUAUUAUCGUGGUGCAAUGGGUAUUCUGUUAGUUUACGAUACGACUGAUGAAAGAUCAUUUGGAAAUGUCAGAAAUUGGUUUUCGAAUAUUGAACAGCAUGCAAGUGAAGGCGUCAAUAAGAUCCUAAUUGGUAAUAAAUGUGACAUGGAAGACAAAAGAGUUAUCACUAAGGAACAAGGUCAAGCUCUAGCUAAUGAACUGGGCAUUCGAUUCAUGGAAACGAGUGCAAAAGCAAACAUUGGUGUAGAAGAAGCAUUCUUUGAUUUAGCAAGAGACAUCAAAAAGCGAUUAAUUGAUACUCAACAAGCUCAACAAACUCGUCAAAGAGAAGAAGUUAGAUUGGAUCAAUCUUCACCCUCAAAGACCAAUUCCUCCGGUGGAUGUUGUUGAGUUAUACUUUCCUUUCUUCGAGCCAUUAUUUUUUCGUUUUCAGCCAUUUGAGAUAUACAAUAUCAUCAGAAUAAUCUCAUAUACUACUUAAUAAUAGUAAUAAAAAGGGAAUGCUUUGACAAAGUAUGAGAUAUUUAAUUGAAUAACAACUAUCUUUUUAUGGAUGUCUAGAUAGGUUGAAACGACUUUACAACCUUGGCAAGAAAGCCAAGUUAAUGUUCUGAACAUUAUGCUAUUGGAGAUAGACUACCAGUAGAUU